AUGACUUUCAACACAAAGUACGACCAACACCUAGAAGAGGGAUUGCUGCCCGUUGCUGUCAACGAAAAGGGGACCACGACGACACCAUCAUCACACAGGACGCCAACCAAAAUGACUGCUGCACGCCGUCUUCUGCUCACCGUCUUGGUGUGCGGAUUGAUGACACUCAGUCUCGCCUCGGCCAUUGGUCACCGGGCAAGACCUUGCACGAGAGAUCAUCAGGAACAGGUCCUGGUGGCAGAGGGCGAGGUCAAGGACGCCGCCAAAGUGGAUCUCAUUCACAGGCUCCUCCACGCCUACUUCCCCGACCGCUACCAGGAUGGUGUCUAUGCCUCGGACAAGGAAGCCAUUGCUGCUUUCCAGGCGGACGACGCGGAGCUGGCUUCUGCUCUCGGUCAGCUAGAGAAGCGUCAGGACAAUGGCACCUCGAGCGCUGCUCCGGCUGCCACUCCUACGCCCUCCGCCUCCGAGGCUUCCACGCCCUCCGCCUCGUCCGCGCCGCCGGCCAGUGACACUCCGACCCCGACCCCGACCCCGACCCCGACUCCAACCCCGACACCGUCUACUCCGGCCACCACCUCCGCUGCUCCCCCGGCGUCCUCCUCCGCCGAGGUCCAGCAGUCCUCCAGCGCGCCGCAGCAGACUUCGGCAGCGCAGACCACGCCCCAGCAGUCAUCGCAACAACCCGCCGCCUCAAGCACCCCCACGACGCAACAGACCUCAGCAGCAGCAGCCCCUACUUCUGGCACCACCCGCCAAGGCACCACCACCACACGCAGCACGCCCCGGACCACCUCGUACAGCGAGGUCAAGUCCACCUUCACGUCGACCGCCUCCAACGGCGACGUUGUCCUCGUGACUGCCACGUCCUUUGUCGCCGUCGAUCCCGAAGCCGCCGCCACCUCGGCCGGUUCCAGCGGCAGCAGCGGCAGUGGCGGUCUGCAAAACGUUGCCGUACCCAUCGGCAGCAUCUCCGUCCUGCCCAUUGGUCUCGCCGCGUUUGUAGCCGGCGCCAUGCUCUUGCUGUAA